AUGCCGCGGGCAGGGCAGCCGCCGGCGAUGCUGUGCUGCAUGCCCGGCGUGGCUUUCGUCCCCGCUUUGCUCGUCAGCUGGUCCUCGGCCGCCUUCAUCAUCUCCUAUGUGAUCGCCGUGCUGGCGGGGCACGUCGACCCCCUCGUCCCCUACAUCAGUGACACUGGAACGAAACCUCCAGAGAGUGGUAUCUUUGGUUUUAUGAUUAAUAUUUCAGCACUUUUAGGUGUAAUUACAAUGUACAUCAGAUAUUUAUUAAUAGAGAAGCAAAAUGAGUCAUCGCACUUUGUUAGGUCUUCAUGCAACAUGUUUUCAUUAUGUAUUGGAUUGAUGGGCUGUAUUGGAAUGGGCAUAGUUGCAACUUUUCAGGAGCUGUCUGUUCCCAGUGUCCAUGACAUAGGAGCUUUGGUGGCAUUUGGCUCGGGUGUUGUAUACAUUACACUUCAGUCUAUAAUCUCUUACAAGUCCUGUCCACAAUGGAACACUUACUUUGUGUGUCACAUAAGGAUGGCCAUAUCUGUAAUAUCAUGCAUUGCUUUCAUUCCCAUGAUUGUGUUUGCUUCACAAAUUUCCAUGACAAAGAUUGAUUGGACUCCAGGUGAAAAGGAUUAUACUUAUCAUUUUGUGAGUGCGAUCUGUGAAUGGACGGUGGCCUUUGGUUUUAUCUUCUUCUUUUUAACGUUCAUUAGAGAUUUUCAGAGAGUUUCUUUAAGGAUAUCAACAGAAAUACAUGAAGACUCCUGACAGUGGAAAAAAUUAUAUUUUUUAUAUAUAUGAAUAUUCUACAUUUCUUUUUACUUACAGAAAAUGUUGCAGAGGGACAGAGAUUUAUAAAGUUGUAUAAAGAACCCGUGCCAUUAACUCCGCAACAUCUAUAACAGCAUCCACUAAAACAUUUUAAAAACUUGCAGCAAUGAUCCUGCUACUUUUUUGCAAUAUUGUGUAAUUUUUAUACUGUUUGAUAUAUUAAAAAUAUUGUAAUAGAAGCAAUCUGUAGAAGCACUUGAAAGUCAUUCAAAGACUUUUGAUCUCCUCAGCUCUUCUCUUUUGGACAUAUCCAUACUUUUUCAUUUGUUAUAGUCUGAUUAGUAACAUUAGUUUUAAACUUGAGAAAGUACAUUUUGCAAAUAGUUAGGAAAGUCUAAAGACAAUGGAAAACACUAAGGCUGAAUUCCUACUCUUAAGUUGCAAGGACUGUGGAGGAAGGUGUGAGCAGAAGUGGGCAUCUUUGUCUCAAGACUAGAAAUUUGCAGUUAGUAGAUGACAACGCUGUGCUACAUGUUUCUGAUAGUGGACAGUGUAUACAAAUACAAAUCCUAGGAGGAUUUUAAACUAUAUUGCCUGAAAAAUGUUUUCUACUCAUCAGUGCAAUGUAUGUUGUAAAAGUCUACCCCUUUUUCCCCUUUAUGCACUGCUGGCCAUAGGAAGCUUAAAACUGAAGCGGGAAUAGAAAGUAAAUUUACAUUUAUGCACGACCUACUAAAGAGAAAUCUUACUGCAGUUUGGUUAAUACAAAGCAGAAGUUUUCCAGCCUGUGUUUUAACCUACAAUGAUGGAAUGAAGAGGGCCUCCAAAAAGUCAUUGGGAGUGAAUGGAAAACAAGAAGAGGCACCAGUAGUUCUCAGGUGUUCAGUUAUAUGUGUGUGAGUGUUCCAUAUAUAUAAAACUGAAGAAAAAAAAAUCCUGGAGAGCUUCUGUAGUGAAGACAUGGCAUAUUUGCUGCUAUAAACUUACUUCUGUAAUGAAAGACUUGGAAAGGAACUAAUUGAGAAGUCGGAAGUUACAAGUAGCUGGAGGCAAAAGGGUGUUUCGUGGACUGAUUCACUACCUCCAUUUAGUGCAUUAACCACUUGGCUAUCAAUCAAGUUCUCUGAAAAUUACAUUUGCCAUGGUCUAUCACAGUUUAUGCAGAAAUACUGAUGAUUUUUAGUUGCUAAUCUUCCAUGAGAUAAAACAAAUGUGUGUUUUGGAGAGUGAUGUCUUAAGACUAGUCAUCUGUUGAUAUUUCCUUUAAUGUGUAUUUUAAACUGUAUUAAAUUCAGCUGUUUCACAA